AUGAAGAGGGAGGCUGAAGAGGAGGCAACAAGAGAAGCCAGCAGCACGCUGCGGCAGCUUGCGUUCAGGAGAAGUACCAGAGAAUUAUGUCCUUAUUGUAUGUACCUCGACAGCUUUCUUGAACGACUUAGUAUACCAGCGCUAAACAAAGGAAACGAGGCGGUGGUGCCGGAGGGCUGGCCUCUGACGUUAGGCGGCAGCGGCCUGAUCCUGCAGCUGGGCGAGCUCGAGGCGUCCGCGCUGCGUCUCGGGGAAUGUUACCUUUGCGUACGCAGCGCGGCUGCUGCAACUGCAACUGCAACCACCUCGUCGGUCAGCGGCGCUACGGCCGCCGGUGAAGCCGUCGAGCAAAAUACCGUUGAGAUAGCAGUAGUCUGGCGAACUACGUCGAUGAGGGCCCCGGGGAUCUUGGGUUGGGACCGUGAAGACGAGUUUAUGGACUGGCGGGACCUGACAAACAAGGGUCAGCCGAGCUCGUCGAAUACGGCGGGCGCAAAUCUCAGCGGAGCGCAACCUUCGAGCGUGAUGAAAACCGCCAGUCGUCCGCGGCGGAGAUCGCGCGAGGACGCGCGUCCGCGGACGCGCGAAACAACCAGAACCAGCAGCGUCGAGCAUCGUCGGGAGGAGGCCAGGUCGAUCGACAGGCUGGAGCACGAGUUUUGCCGCGCGAUCGGCGAGUCCGGCCACGUCGCGACGGUGAUGAAGUCCAGGUCCGCGUCCAGCGUCGACGCGUGGAAGGAAGACCUCGAGGGUGAGCUCGAUCGAGGCUCGAGUCGCAGAGCGCGCUCCAAGAAUUCCUCUAGUCCCAUCGGCGGCGGCGACGAGAGCCGCGCCAAAGUGAAGCGGUGCGCCAAGGUGGUCUCACCCACGACAAUGGAAAAAUGGAAGGAGAGCAGUAGGUGCGAAAUGCGUAGCAGGUCGAUCGCGCCGGAGGAUCUCAAGAGUCCUUUGCACUUGGAGGGAAGAGUUCUGCGGCGGGACAACGUCGACGAUUCGCCGAAGGAUCUCGAGGACAGAUUGCGGAACGCGGGCGGUCCGGAUGACGUCAGCGACGAGGAUCUGCCGGCAUACAUAGGCAGUCUGCUCGUCACCGUCGAGCGGAAGAUCGAGAGGGUCUCGCUCGACGAUAUGACGUUCCCCUGUCCGGCGUGCAGGAACAUAGACACGGACGAUCCGUUAUUGGGCUGCAGAUGCGCCGGCGACGAUUGCGGCUGCGGCGCCGGCGAGGACAACUGUGACUGCUCCUCCUCCGUUUCGCGAAAGGAACAAUCGGCGAAAAGCUUCGAAGUGGCGGGAAUCAAGCACAUCGACAGUGACGACGAGGAGGAAGUACGAAUGGGAUUCGGAACCAAAAAGCGAAUCGACGAAGUAACGUCACCAAGGACCAUCCACGACUUGCCGGAUCACGUUCUCACAUGUGGCCUGUCACUUCCCGGUAAGUAUUAAAAGGAUACAAAUCUCCUUCCGAACAAUGUCAAUGCAACGAAGAUACGUUUACUCGUAUUUAUUUGACAUAACAAGAGUAUAUAGACUCGUAAUAUAGAGUGUCGAAACUCGUCAAGAAAGCGAAAGGCUUUGAAACGACAAAGUUUUGAUGAUUGCAUACUCUCAACACUUAUUAAUUAAGUGGAAUGUUUUAAAAAGUCGACCAAACUGGCAAAAUUUCCGAUCCCUUUAUCGGGUCCUUUUCAAGUACAAUCUGGAUACAUUGUAAGUGCUCAAGCCGCAAUAUAGAAAAAGAAUUCUUUAGUAUGUAUACAGGGUGUCGGAUUCGAUUUGGAC